AUGUGCUGUUUCGAGGUCAGGCAGUGGCAGCUCAUCCGAGACUUUCAGGUGCUGAAGCCCUUCGAAGAGGCCACAAAAUCUGUCAGCAGGAACAAGUUGUCUGAACAAAUUUGGAAAGUCUUCUCCAUGAAUAUGGAAUAUCACAAUUUUACUAAAGUGACUGAGAUUUUGCUCUUGGGAUUUCAGAAUUUACAAAGUUUUACUCUUUGCUUCUUUUUCCUUCUUCUGGCAAUCUUCUGUGUGACGAUAUGUGGAAACCUCCUCAUCAUUCUGGUGGUGUCCUACAGCAGAUCUCUCCACUCUCCCAUGUACUUUUUCCUCACGCAACUCUCCCUCACAGAUAUUCUUCUCUCCACCACCAUUGUACCCAACACGCUCUACAUUCUCUUGAAUAAAGUAAGUUCUGUGCUUUUUAUUGAAUGCUUGACUCAAUUUUAUGUUUUUUCAGCCUCCGAGGCAUUAGAAUGUCUUCUCCUGACCGUGAUGUCCUAUGACCGGUAUCAGGCCAUCUGUAACCCUCUACAUUACCCCAUGGUCAUGGACCUCACAUUUUGUGUAAGAGCCAUUUUAUUCUGUUGGUUGGUAAUUUUAGCUACAGUGUUGAUGAUUUAUUUGACAGUGAAUUGUUUGGAUUUUUGUGGACCAAAUAUCAUUGACCAUUUCUUCUGUGACUUGGAACCUUUACUGGAGCUUUCCUGCUCAGAUACUUUUAUAAUGAAAUUGGAGACUUUGUUUCUGGUUAUUUUCCUUGCGAUUUGUCCUGUUAUAGUUAUAAUAGUUUCCUAUGUGUACAUUAUCUUCACCAUACUGAAGAUCCCCUCUGUGACCGGGAGGCAGAAGACCUUCUCCACCUGUAGUGCCCAUCUCAGUGUGGUGGCUCUAUAUUAUGGAUCCCUUAUUACCAUUUAUGUGUUUCCACGCAAGCAAAAUGCAAAGACAUUUCUGUCCCUGUUCUACACUGUAGUAACUCCGUUCCUUAACCCUAUGAUUUACAGUCUGAGUAAUACCGAUAUUAAGCAGGCUUUUAAAAAAAUGUUGACUAACUUUUUUGCAAUAUUUCAUGACAAUCGGACUAUUGGCCUUUCUGCCUUACUUUUUAAAGAGAGACACCUCCCUCGCCUUUUUAAAUCCAAUAAUUAG